AUAAAAGUGAAUAUAGAACCAUAAUAUUUUUUAAAUCGCUUCUUCUCAAAAGUAAUCUGAUACAAGUAUAACUGAUUACAAUUUCUAUGGAAUCAAGCGCCAAAUAUACUCGAUCGGUGCGCAUUCUAGAUGAACUGCAGCGGAAAAGGUUCAAUAAAUUCAAUACCUUCACGUUAGUCGAUGCUUAUUAUAGAAAUGUCCCGCAUUCAGUAAUCGCAGGGAACCGGUAUAAAGUAAUACCGUUACACAAAUGCGUAAUAAAUGUCAUGGCGGGAAAAGUAUACUUUUACAUCUUUUUUUAAUAUCGCUUCUUGUCAAUGGAAUGUCAAAUGUUAAUCGAACGCGAUUUAAAUAGUCAUAAAUCUGACUGAUGCUUUGCCUUGGUUUUCUAUAUGGUAAAUGAUUUAUGAUUUUACUUUACAAUGAACAAAAUUUUCAAAACUAACGGAAAUCGUAACGGAAUCUAACGAUGAUUUUUAUUUCAUUUUAUUAGUUUAUCAUUAAAACUUGCUUUUGAGAGUUGUCACCAACUAAAAAGAAAGUAGUACAUAACCUGUUAAACAAAAUAGAAACUUAAGAUCUUUUCAACCACAUGUCUCUCUCAAAACUAUGUAACUCUUGCUGAAACAGUAUUUUUCCAAUUCUGGGAAUGGAAUAAAUAUUUCGAUUAACAAUCAUACAAAGCAUCACCAUAGACUAAUUUAACACGAAUUAUGAAUACAAAUUUUGCCUGUCAUAACCAUACCGAAUGACAGGGGACUGGCAUCCUACCUUUCCUAAUCGUACCCAAGGCAUUAGAACAGGUAAAUAAUAGAAAGAAACUGACAUUCACAGAAAUCGUAGUUCGGUAUUAUUUUCCUAAUAAAACAUGCGAUACAGUCGAUAAAUGUACUCUUGAUAGUAACAACCACAAAAAUACUAUAUAUAUGUAUUGGGUCGGUGAAAAUGUUUCCUCACUAUUUUUAAAGAAAGUUAAAGGUAGAUUUCAUGCAGGUCUCAGAUACAAACCUUAGCGUCUGGAUAAUGUAGUGUUAGAUAUUUUAUUUAACAAUUAUCUUUCCUCCAUCAUCUUUCAGGUAGUUUCAUAAUAUCCUUCUUGAGAAUAUUUGCACUUAAAGUAUAAAUCACUUUUUCUUAUAAAGAGAUUUCAUUCCUUUAUCGAUGUUUAUAAAGAUAUGAAUCCGCAUAAACAUCCGCAGCUUACAUAUAAUAAUGAUACAAAUAGCAUAGUGUGCGAAGAAAUGUGAAAAAACCUUUUGGGCAACCAAAUUCCUCGUCGAUUCGAUUACCACAAUUUUCUUGAUCAAACGAAUAAUGAUCUAUGGUAGCUUACACGAUUAAUGAAAUAUCCUUUGGUCUGAUAGUUCCACAUGACGAUUUUUAUCCUCGAAAUUCCUGAAGGUUAAACAGCCGAAAGAAUGUAACGGCUGGCGAACGUGCACGCUUAGUGGGGCAGUCAGUAUACAAGACUAUAGUCUCGGGGUAUUAAUAGUCCGCGGAGCGUGGACCGAGUACCGUUAAGGCCGAAUACGAUACACGUCGGUAUCUUACUAACGGGGAAUACCUUGUAAGACCGAAACGCGUAGAGACGAAGGAUCAUCGACAAGCUAGUUCAAACAACGUGUUGUAUUUCGUUGAUCCUGGCUUCUAUUCGAAUAAAACUUCUCUUCUGUUGUAGCCAACUUGUUGGAUCUAUGAAAUGUUGGCACGAACCGUCUGUUUGCUUUAAGUUAAGAUUUUAAUUAAGCUACAAUAACGAUUAAAUCGAAUGAAGUUUCAUAGUUUUGAGACACUGAUAAAUACGCGAUCGAGACGAAAAGAUGGUACUUUUAUGCAUUUUGUGCCACGCAAAUGAAUAUUCGGACACGAAACAAUCGAAACCAAAUGACGUCGAUUCGACGACAGAAUCUAACGAACCUCCAGAAGGAUAUUACGCCUUCGUGAAAUCACCAAACGCAGAACCGCCUAAAGUGAGGCCGCCACCUUAUAUAGAUAGCGACAAAGAAUGCUAUGACACCGGUAAACAGGGAAAGGGUUACGUUUCCAUACACAAUAUUUGCGGGGAUCUUAACAAGGGUUAUAUCCCGCGAAAUCCUAUGAAUCAGUAUUUCAAUGGCUCGUCGUAUCCUUUCGCGCUGUUGAAAAAUCACACGUUGAAAUUUUUAAGCAAAGCGUUGCCUAUACUCAAGGCUGACGAUUCAUUGCCGAAGGUCGCCACGGUGCAAUCCUAUUUCCAGAAUUCUGUCGACACCGACGAGAAAGGAAGUAGAAGCAAGCGAUCGUCCGAUUCAGAAAGUGCCUUGGAUACUCUCAGAAACGGUCGUAAAUUCUGCGAAAAUGGUGGAGGAGUAGUUUGCAUGCUGUACAAGGCUAUACAAGGUGAACCAUUGGCUACCUCAGCAGCUGAACGCCGCGACGAGCCCUCCACCCCUGAGUAUCGUCAACGAACACCGCCACAAGAGAAGCCAGAAUACACCGGUCCACCCACUCCUUGUCCAGCUAAAGUGGAGUACGCUACACCAGUGUUCGCCAAGAACUAUCAAGGAGUUUGGCGCUACGUGGUGCAAAUCCCUUACGAGGGUUACUUCACUCAGACUAUCGAAGUAACCCGAUGCAUGCAAUCAAGAUGUCAUUACUUGGAUGGUGGCUGUCUGUCGUCGCCAAGAUGGACUAGUUUGCUGGUAGCAGAGAUUUUCUAUCCUGACACGUUUUUGGAAGAAAAUCAAAAUUCUAGAAUCAACGGCCUGAGGGAUACUGCCGGUUCACCGCCGCCUGUUCACGAUUUCCAGAAUUAUCAACAAUAUUUACAGAAACGUGCCGGGGAGAAUGAAGCUCGUAACAGCGGAUCGUCCCAGCAUCAUUGCGACGGUGUCGACGAAAUGGGUUGUUUCCAGGUAAGAUUGUACUACGAUUGGUUCCUGGUGCCAGGAAGCUGCAAGUGUUGGCGUCCCGAUUACUUCAACCGCUAUGUUCGUCGAAGCGGGUCUAACGUCGAAUUGUGAUGGCAAUAUCGCGUGUCAAAUCACGUAAAUGAGCAAGAGGACGCGCUUGCGUGAUAUGACUGAUACGAUUAAAUCGAUAAGCUUGUCAGGUUCUGUGAAAUAGUCUGUUUUUAUCGAUCGAUGAUCAAACGACUGUUUGAUAAUUGAAUAGGAAAGAUGUUAGAAUCGAACAUACAUUUUUUAGAUAAUACCUACGUAGAAGAUCGUAUUUCAACAAUCAUCGAAUGAGGAGAAUUAAAGUGGAUCCACUGAGUGCGAUCGAUAAUCUAGCUUUAAUAUAAUACUUUGUUGUAUUAAAUUCGCAGCAUUGUGCACCUUAAAGACUGAAGAGAAGUACCAUUGUCGUGAACGCAGUAGAACGCGCUAAUGAAGUUGCAUCAACGCGCGUUGUUACUAAGUACAUAUUUCUUUCUUUAAAUAAUCCACGUUUCGCACUGUAUGAAAGUAUGAUUUGCAUUUUUCAUCUACCAAGAUACGUUGUUAAAUUAACGCAGUAGAAUAGCUAUAGAAUCCUUUCCUGUUUUCUUUUUUUACUUAUCACUGUCCUUCAUUAAUAUCUCAAUGGUAUUAAAAUGAAAUUCAUACAAGAAUAAUUAGAACCCUUAUUAAUAGUUAUAUAAACGUUAAAUUUUUUAUUUAAAAAAUACGUAAUCGACAUUAGGAUAUCUUUGACAGAAAUCCGGAACUAUAUUCAUUCGGCUAUCGAGAUAUUUUAUUUUACAAAUAACGAAACUGUACAUUAUUAUAUUUCUGUUCUUUAUCUAUUCGAAAAUUAUGUUAUAUGUAGUUCCGAGGGCCGAGUAAAUUCCACGUUCGCUGUCAAAGACACGAGCCAACUUCUAAACUACUCACUGAAACCAGUCGUUCUACUUUUUAAAUGUUGACGUAGAAACGACUAUAUUUAAGUCAACGUAAAAUCAUACGUUUCAUUCUAUAACUACUUAUUACGUAAUUUACAUAAUAUGUCCAUAUUUCAAUGUUGCAACAUUCUUUGAACGCGGAUGCAACGUUCACCUAUUUAAAUAAAUAAAUAAUUCUAAUAUAUAUUGUUAAAA